CAACACCUACAGUCUCACAGAGAUGCGAAAAUGGAGAGCAGUGUUCAGAGGCGAGUGGAGGCUAUUUACCGUCACCUGUUACUGCCACGUGAACCCAUUUCUGUUCUUCAUCCGGUUUCAUUAAAGGGUGAGGAAGUGAAAAAUGGUGAGGCUGAAACUGUGGUCAUAGGGGGUAUGGUGUUGGACAUUCAUGCCACACCUUCAAUCCCUGCAAAUCCCAGAACCACCACUCCUGGCAAGGUUCGUUAUGCGUUAGGAGGUGUAGCAAGGAAUGUUGCAGACUGCAUGUCGAAGCUUGGAACAAAGCCUUUCAUGAUUAGUGCUGUGGGGCUUGAUAUGGCAGGAAAUUUGUUGUUGGAGCACUGGAAAUCUGCUGGGCUAUCUACAGACGGGAUUCGGAAGCAACAAGAUAUUGGGACUCCGGUUGUAUGCAACAUACUUGAUGUCAGUGGAGAGUUGGCGGCUGCUGUUGCAAGCGUGGAAGCUAUUGAAAAGUUUCUUACGCCUGAGUGGAUUAGGCAAUUCAAGUACAAUAUAUGUUCUGCUCCAAUAUUGAUGGUUGAUGCAAACCUGAAUCCUCCUGCUCUAGAAGCUUCUUGCCAAAUUGCCGCAGAAUCUAAUAUUCCAGUGUGGUUUGAGCCCGUAUCGGUUGCAAAAUCCAGAAGAAUUGCCUCGGUUGCCAAGUAUGUAAGUAUUGCUUCACCCAACGAAGAUGAACUUAUUGCCAUGGCAAAUGCUGUGUCUUGUGCAAAUGCAUUUCCUCCAAUCGAAAGGGGAAAUAAAUAUUCAACAGAAUCAUUGUUCCAAAAGCUAAAACCAGCAAUCUGGGCUUUGCUAGAAAAGGGUAUCAGAAUAGUUGUUGUGACCCUUGGUUCAGAUGGAGCCUUCUUAUGCUCUAGAGGAGGGCCAAGCUUUAUGAGAGCUGUUUUGGAGAGAAUCAAACCACAUGGUUCUAGCAGACAGUUCUAUCAGAUUGUGACAUCAAGCUGUCCUCCGCAUUGGUAUGGUGCUACAAAUUUGGAAAGGGAUUCUCAUCUUUUCGCUGUGCAUUUUCCCGCGCUUCCUGCGUCAGUGGUGAGGCUCACAGGGGCUGGUGAUUGCUUGGUCGGCGGAAUGCUUGCUUCUAUUUGUGCAGGUUUAAAUGUUAUGCAGAGUGUGGCGGUUGGAAUUGCGGCAGCCAAAGCUUCUGUUGAGGCAGAGACCAAUGUGCCGACUGCAUUUAAUUUGGCCAAUAUUGCAGAUGAUGCGAGGUCAGUGUACUCCAGUGGCAAAGUUGUAUUCAAUCAAUCGAUGUUGUAAAAGCAUCAUAAAGUAAUUUGACUCUGAAAUUACUAGCUAAACUGGUGCAUGUGUUAUUGAUCUGAUAGAAAUUUCGACUUGAACACCAUGUCAAUCUUUCUCUUUUUUGCCAAUAGUCUUUCUUAUCUUUGGUUGUUAAAUAUGUUGAGGCUGUCUCUGGAUUGAUCCUU